AUGACCGCGAAUUCGCCAAAGACGCCCGUGAAGCGCGUGUGCAGCCAAAGUCACCUGGAGGAGCACGAUGGCCUCCGGAAGAUGGUGUCCUUUUCCACGCGCCACUUCGAUCCCAGUGGUCUUCCGGCUGACAUGCACCGGGUGUACACAUCUCUUAAGGAGAGGUUCGAUGAGGAGUAUGCGCUCUUGUUUGUCUUCAACAUGCAGACAGCCAUGGAGAUGCAUCGCGCGUGGAACAUGACCCUCCUGACGACCAAGACCCUGAAGAAGUGUUCGGAAAUGGUUGGGCUCACAAUGACCUGGGAGCUCGGCGUUAUCAAGUUGAAGUUCUUCAUGGAGGACGGCGAUUUCGAGCUCCAGCGGAAGUGCCCCUACGACUACGACUCAGAGUACCAGGACAUGUUCAUGAGGAUCGCUGCGGCGCUUUACAAUGGGCACAUGACGGUCCAUGAAGCGCUCCUCUUCCAGGAGGAGGCAAAGCAAGGGAAACACACAGCCAAGACGGGCUUGUUCAUCCGUGACUACCCGGGCAGGCUGAUCGUCCUGCCCGCCAUGUCGUCCACGUGCGCCGUGAUCUUCUUCGGAGGUACCGAGUAUGAGGCGGGAGUGGCCGCUAUCUGCGGUCUGGUGACUGGCCUCAUCGAGUACGCCCUGCAGAGGGUCGGGGGCGAGGCCACCAUGUUGAUCGACCUGGCGGUGGGUCUCAUCACCGGCGUCAUCGGAACCCUCUUCUACAAGUAUGACGGCCAGAAGUACUGCCUCGUCUCCAUCUUCAUGGGGACCUUGUACUGGUUCUUCUAUGGUACUGCCUUCGUGGUGGGGCUGGUGGAGAUCUUGGCCGGGGAGCUCGAGACGGGCGUGACCCGUUUCAUGGCCGUCAGCAUCAAGACCUUCGUCCUCUGCGUCAUGUGCUGCUUCGGGAUGCUCCUUGCUGUACCAGACCCUACCGAGGUCGCCGAGAUGUGGGGCGCGCAGGCUGCGAACUGCGGCACCCUUGACCUCGGCCUGUACUGGUGGCGCGUUCCCUUGUACUUGGCCUGCUCGCUGUCCGUCCUGGGCCAGUACCGCUUCCGCGUGGAGCAGAUGUGGCGUGGCCUGCUCGUCCAGCUCGCGGGCUACGAGGUUCAGUUUCAAGUGUCCAGGUCCAUGGUUACGUCCGGGGACGCCAAGAGUAACCUCGAUGUCAUGGCCUCCAACGUUUGUGGCGCUGCAGCCAGUGUCGUGACGGCGUGCUUCCUGUCGGCCAUGAUGGAUUUCAUCAACUCGAUCUACUACGCCCAGCUUCUUCAGCGUGGGGCACACCGAGACGAGACGGACUCCGUGCUGGACGACGUCUUGUAUGGCUGCAUCUCCGGGGUCGUCAAGUUCUUCAACUGCAUCGGGAUCGGCAGGGAGGCCGACAAGCACAUGGUCCAGCUCGAAAAGAAGCUUUACCAGCAGUCGAAGGAGCUCAAGGAUCCGGAUCAUGACCGCAAGGAGAUCAGGCUGGAGAGGCACGAGGAAGACCUGUUGCUGGACACGAUCGUGUAUGCCGAAUCCAUGAACAUUUGGGCGAUGCUCAUGCCAGCAGUUUACCAGCUGGUGCCUGGCUCGAUGAUCGCCCGCAUGUGGUUCAACACCAUCAUCCCCCCCAGUGGUCCAAACGCCACGGAUGACAACACCUUUGCUGGCCUCAUGGUCACCUCCAUCUCCCUGGCGCUGGGCCUGAUUGUCGGCGAGGCCAUUGUGGAGAUCGUCUCGGGCAUCCUCAGUCUCUGCAGGAAGAAGAAGGAGGAACACCACACCAUGUUGCACGAAAAGGAGGGCACGACGGAGGAGGAGAAGCCAGAGUCCGAAGAGGUCCCUCCCCUCGGCUUCGAGCUUGGCAUUGCGGACGCCAUCAGCGGCGAGAAGGAGGAGGAGAUACAGGAGCACGAUGGCCUCCGGAAGACCGUUUCCUUUGCCGCGCGCCGCUUCGACCCCAGCGGUCUCCCGGCCGACAUGCACCGGGUGUACACAUCUCUCAAGGAGAGGUUCGAUGAGGAGUAUGCGCUCUUGUUUGUCUUCAACAUGCAGACUGCCAUGGAGAUGCAUCGCGCGUGGAACAUGACCCUGUUGACGACCAAGACCCUGAAGAAGUGUUCGGAAAUGGUUGGGCUCACAAUGACCUGGGAGCUUGGCGUUAUCAAGUUGAAGUUCUUCAUGGAGGACGGCGAUUUCGAGCUGCAGCGGAAAUGCCCGUACGACUACGACUCAGAGUACCAGGACAUGUUCAUGAGGAUCGCUGCGGCGCUUUACAAUGGGCACAUGACUGUCCAUGAAGCUCUCCUCUUCCAGCAGGAGGCAAAGCAAGGGAAGCACACGGCCAGGACUGGGUUGUUCAUCCGUGACUACCCGGGCAGGCUGAUCGUCCUGCCCGCCAUGUCGUCCACGUGCGCGGUGAUCUUCUUCGGAGGUACCGAGUAUGAGGCGGGAGUGGCCGCUAUCUGCGGUCUGGUGACUGGCCUCAUCGAGUACGCCCUGCAGAGGGUCGGGGGCGAGGCCACAAUGUUGAUCGACCUGGCGGUGGGUCUCAUCACCGGCGUCAUCGGAACCCUCUUCUACAAGUAUGACGGCCAGAAGUACUGCCUCGUCUCCAUCUUCAUGGGGACCUUGUACUGGUUCUUCUAUGGUACUGCCUUCGUGGUGGGGCUGGUGGAGAUCUUGGCCGGGGAGCUCGAGACGGGCGUGACCCGUUUCAUGGCCGUCAGCAUCAAGACCUUCGUCCUCUGCGUCAUGUGCUGCUUCGGGAUGCUCCUUGCUGUACCAGACCCUACCGAGGUCGCCGAGAUGUGGGGUGCGCAGGCUGCGAACUGCGGCACCCUUGACCUCGGCCUGUACUGGUGGCGCGUUCCCUUGUACUUGGCCUGCUCGCUGUCCGUCCUGGGCCAGUACCGCUUCCGCGUGGAGCAGAUGUGGCGUGGCCUGCUCGUCCAGCUCGCGGGCUACGAGGUUCAGUUUCAAGUGUCCAGGUCCAUGGUUACGUCCGGGGACGCCAAGAGUAACCUCGAUGUCAUGGCCUCCAACGUUUGUGGCGCUGCAGCCAGUGUCGUGACGGCGUGCUUCCUGUCGGCCAUGAUGGAUUUCAUCAACUCGAUCUACUACGCCCAGCUUCUUCAGCGUGGGGCACACCGAGACGAGACGGACUCCGUGCUGGACGACGUCUUGUAUGGCUGCAUCUCCGGGGUCGUCAAGUUCUUCAACUGCAUCGGGAUAGGCAGGGAGGCCGACAAGCACAUGGUCAAGCUCGAAAAGAAGCUUUACCAGCAGUCGAAGGAGCUCAGGGAUCCGGAUCAUGACCGCAAGGAGAUCAGGCUGGAGAGGCACGAGGAAGACCUGUUGCUGGACACGAUCGUGUAUGCCGAAUCCAUGAACAUUUGGGCGAUGCUCAUGCCAGCAGUUUACCAGCUGGUGCCUGGCUCGAUGAUCGCCCGCAUGUGGUUCAACACCAUCAUCCCCCCCAGUGGUCCAAACGCCACGGAUGACAACACCUUUGCUGGCCUCAUGGUCACCUCCAUCUCCCUGGCGCUGGGCCUGAUUGUCGGCGAGGCCAUUGUGGAGAUCGUCUCGGGCAUCCUCAGUCUCUGCAGGAAGAAGAAGGAAGCCAAGAGCGGCCUCAAGAGGAGGAAGGAGGAGAAGAAGAGCCUUCCGCAGGAGAACGAGGGCGCCGGGGAGAAGUCCGAGAAGCCCGAGGCCGAAGAAGUUUGGGCGGAGCCUGCCGAGCCCGUUGCAGAGCCGGAGCCUGAGGUGGUCAGGGAGUUGUCGAACUGGGCCCAGCGCCUCGAGGAGUUGCCCCAAGCCGGCACGUCCCGCGGCAGGGUGAAGGCCCCGGCUGAGGACCCCAGCGCCUGCGCCGGCGCCUGCACCAGCACCGCCGGCGCCAGCGGCUGCGCGGGGGUUCAGAGUCUCGGUUGUGAGGUCAUCCCAGACGCUACCAUGGAGACGUCCGAGAAAAUCUCGCCGCUGUAG